GUUUUGUAUAUUCGAAAAUGUUCAUUAAAUGAACGGACUUUUAUUGUGUUCUCUAACGCAUCUUUAACGUUACAGAGAUAUUUGAUUAUUUAGUUUUUAUAUAAUUUAUUUUUAUUUAAAAUAAAGAUGCAUUAUAAAUAAAGUUGAUUUAAAAAAUUUCAAGAAUAUUUGUGUCAUUCCAAGCUUAUAUACACUGUGUAUAUAUAAUCAUUUCCAUGAAUUUUUUAUUAUUGCGCAUAUGCGAAAAUUCGAUAAUUCUGGAAUCACGAUUUCGGGAAAAUUUAAGCUUUUAACUACAUAGUUUGGAUUAUUUUAUUGAUGUAUCUGAUAUGGAACAUCAAUGCGAUUGUGGAAGUAUUCAUAAUGAUGCAGAAUUAGGGGUUCAGUAUAAUUUAUAUAAGAAGAUAGAUAUGGAUAAUGUUGAAUGUUUAAAUGAGUAUGAAGAAAAUAGUGGAAUAACAGUAUUCAAACCUUGGGAAGAAAGACUAGACACUAGUAAGUUUGUGGAAAGCGAUGUUGACGAGGAGCUUCUUUUCAAUAUACCCUUUACAGGAAAUGUUAAAUUAAAAGGACUUAUUAUAAUAGGAGGUGAAGAUCAAUCUCGUCCAAACAAAGUAAAGUUAUAUAAGAAUCGACCACAUAUGACUUUUGAUGAUGUUACAAUAGAAGCGGAUCAAGAAUUUGAGCUUUGCAAUGAUGAAACUGGUGUACACGAAUAUCCUCUACGAGUCGUAAAAUUCUCUACUGUUUAUCACUUGAGUCUUCAUUUUAUUGGUAAUGGUGGAGCUGAAAGAUCGAAAAUUUAUUACAUUGGCCUAAAAGGAGAAUGGAUGCCUGCUCAUCAGCAUGGUGUUACAAUUUGUACUUAUGAACUGAUACCACAAAAGGGCAAUGAACUUAAGAAAAUGAAUAAUCAGAGCAGAGAAGUUAAUUGAUUUUAUUUAAUUAUAAAUUCAAAUUUCAAACAUUUUGAUGAUUAAAUAAAUACAUUUUUCUUACUUUAA